GGAGAGAGAGAGGGUGUGAGUGUGUUUUGGUUUUCUCUCGCUUUCAGAGCAGAGCAGGAAAAACAUCGAGCAGCCUCGCGUCGCUCACGGAAGCAGGCGAUUUCGCAAUUUCGCUGAAUCUGGUUCUGAUUCUGACCCAUUUUAAAUGAACGGGAAACCACACAAACACACACACACACACACAUACACACACAGACACACGCGCGCGCACAGAGGCGGGACUGACUGCUGCUGCUGUGACAGACACUCGGACCAAAGACACAGAAGAGCAGAAACACAACCUGGACCAUCAUCAAACAUCAACAUCAAACUCUGAUGGAUGACCAUGCUAACACCACAGGGCUUUACAUUGGCGGUCGGUGGUGAAACAUCGGCGAGAACUGCACCUUCAUAAACUCACCUGGAGACUUGAAGUCUUCUCUUUCGCUAAAGUGAUAAUAUUUUCUGUUCGGGAUUGCUCAUUUACACUCUCAAAAAUGGACACAAUUUCCCAGGAUUCCAUGUUGGAGUGCCAGAUCUGCUUCAACUACUACAGCCCGCGACGGCGGCCCAAACUGCUGGACUGCAGACACACGUGCUGCUCCGUGUGUUUGACGCAGAUGCGCAGCAGCCAGAAGGAAAUCCGCUGUCCUUGGUGCCGCAGCGUCACCAAGCUGCCACCGGGCCUGUCUGUCUCCCAGCUCCCAGACGACCCGGACAUCAUCACCGUCAUCGCCAUCCCCCACGCCUCCGAGCACACGCCCGUCUUCAUUCGCCUCCCGAGCAACGGCUGCUACAUGCUGCCUCUGCCCGUCGCCAAGGAGCGGGCGCUGGGGUUGCCGGGCGAGCUGGGCUGUCGCUUCCUGCCCGGCAGCCAACAGAAAGGCGCUGUCACCGUGGUGACCAUGCCUGAGCAGCAGCCGCUGGCCCUGGCGAUGGGUCUGGACGGUGUUGGGCUGGAGGGAGACGAAGUGGAGAGGAGGGUCAGUGGCGGUCCGGUGGGAGGAGGGAAAGGAUCCACGUGGUCCGGCGUGUGCACUGUCGUCCUGGUGGCCUGCGUCCUGCUCUUCCUGCUGGGCAUCGUCCUGCACAACAUGUCCUGCAUCUCCAAACGCUUCACGGUCAUCUCCUGCGGCUGAGGCCGCCGUGGAGGAGGAGGAGGAAGGAGACUGCUCGGACUUCCCGUCCCCCCCCGUCCACCCUUCUUGGAUUCCCCCCACGAGCCAUGAGUCUCCUCAGGGAAGGAGAGUGGAAUAAACUCACAUCAGGGGGCGUCCAUGGAAACCGAGGAGCAACAUAGAGAAGGCGAGGACAAGGAGAGUCGAUGAUUGUCUGAAGACAAAAAAGCCCUCAGAUGUUUCCCUGUCCUACUCUGGACCUGGUUCCAGUCUGAGGAUUUGUUUUUGGCCCAGAUUUUGCUCUGAUGUUCACGCUCGGUGGUUGACCGAGCGUUCUUGCCUGUGGUUCGUAGACGUACAUCAGUGAUCGUAGUGUUGUUUUUAGAUGAGUGUUCACGUGUCUGGACUUGCCUCGUGGUUCAGCAUCCGCAUGUGACCCAAUCAGAAUCAUCAGAAUAAGUGAAGGAAACUUUCUUUCUUUUUUUACGCCUGUUUCAGUUCAGAGCUGUCGACAAAAGCUCAAACAGGGAAUAUUUUGUUUAUACAGCUUUAAAUGAAAUCACAGGUAGAACCCAAUCACAACCAGAUUGUGUUGAUUAGUCGGUAAAUUGAUGGUUUUAGCUUCUAUUUUUUAGUUUACAGUUUUUGUUUUUGCAAACAAUAUAAUCAAAAAAACAUAGAAUCAGAUAAAAUUCUAAAUAUUUCGUAUUCUGGAGAAAUUGUCAAGACAAAGACACAGACCAUUUUAGGAACUUAAAAAUAUUAAUUAACGUCAAUUAAUACAACAUAAAAAGUUAAAAAGUAAAAAGUUGUAUGGAUGUAAAGCGUUGUAGCUUCACUCUGAAUUAACUUAAUUUGUAAGUGAUUUUCUAAGUUAAUUCAACCAGUCUCUUUUUUUCUGUGUAAACGUUCAGCAGAUUUAAUGCAGUCUGUGGAAAAGGUGGUUAGCUUAGCUUAGCAUAAACUGGAAACAGAAGUCAAAUGGCUGAACUCACUCUCACUCCAUUGUUGUGUCUCUUGGGUUUUAGCUAAGUGCUAAAUGCUACAGUCGCUUCAGUAAAAGUACGACUUUACACAAAACCACAACAUUUUGAUGCUAACAAGUCGUGUUAGAGUUUAAGCUAGCACAUUGAACUAGCUAAAUAGCUAACAAGAUAAAAACAUGUUCCACGCUUAAAUUGUGGAUUUCUGAAUUUUGUUUCUUGGUGAGGCGCAUUUUAGCGCUCAGCUGUUUACAAGACAUGUUUUUUUACUCUUUAAAGUGAGACAGGGUGACUAAGCUAAACUAAGCUAAUGGUUGUCACCUCCACUUUAAAGGUCCAGUGUGUAAUAUUUUGCAGGGUUUAUUGGGAGAAAGUACAUUUACUGCCCAUAAGUAUGUAAUUACUUAAAAAUAAAGAUUAUUUGUUUUUUGUAUCCUUAAAUUAAGACUUUUAUGCGUACUUAAGGAAAUGGCCUUGCUUUAUGGAGUCCGCCAUCUUGUUUUCAGCCACCAUGUUUCUACUUCUACUGUACGUGAAAACAUAGACGUAGAUAUACCUUUCUGUGAGGGCCACCGUAGUACCCUAACAUGUCUAGGCAAAAAAUGAAAAAAAGAGUGACGAGUCAUCACCAGUAGGUGUCACUAAUUCUUACAUACUGGUCCUUUUAAAAGAAAUAUCUUAUGAGACUUAUUUUAUUUGUUUUGAUGUUAAAGAUUAGAUAAUAUAAAUAUAGCAUAGUUUUCUGUCUUGUUUCCAGUCUUAAAGCUAAGCUAAGCUAAUAGCCUCCUUGCGCUAAACGUUGCAAAUGUUGUCCUUUUGAAAUAUUAAUGUGUAAUUAUUUGCUUCUUUUGUCAGAGUUUGACCUCCUGACCUUUAGCGUCCUUUUAAACACACACAUUAUCGACUCCACAUCUUUAUACCGCUCUUAAGUCAGAGAACGAGUGGAUUUAUACGGUCAAUGGUUGCUGUUAUCGUGUGUGUGUGUGAUUGAGGGGUCAGUGAGGGGUCACGAGUGGGCGGGCACUGCAGGGCUCCAGUUAACGACAGCCAUAUUGAUUUAUCUGCUUUUAUAUUUACACAGAAACACACAGCGAGAGCGAGAGAGAGAGAGAGGGUGAUGUAUUUUCCACACAGGGUGUACAAUAGUCUUGUCUUGUACAGAAUGAUUAGAAUCAUUUGUUUUUGAUAAAUCUUGUGUUUUUCUGAUAAUUUCUCUUAUUUUUUAAAGAUUAAAGUGGACGUUUCCUUCGUUAAGGACUUAUCCUUAAAAGGAAUUAUCCUUAACAUUUUUGCCGCGUCUAACUCGUGAAUAUUCUUCUGGAGAGACGUUGUAGUCCAGCAAGACUGUUGCUAUGAGAGCCUCUUUGAAGUUUGUCCUUUGAAAAAAGUUGAAAUAUUUUUAGCUUUCAGUGCUCGGCGCUAAGAGCAAUAACCUCAAAAGAAAAGAAUAAUCAUUUAUUUUACCUCCGGUAACUCAAAAUCCUUUCAAAAUAAAAGCCAUUGAUGAUUUUUCUUUUUUACACAUUCAAUAGAACAUACAUUAUAAGGAGUUUAUAAGUUGUAAAUGAUGUCUCUGUAAAUGUUUAAUUACACAUGAAUUAAUGCUUUACAUUUUACAAAAAGGCAUUGUGUAUUUUAUCAGUAACUUUGUUUACUUUGACUUUUUAUUACCUACUUUUUUGUUGAUGUUUAUUAACAUGCUCUGUCUCUCCUGACUACAAUAUUGUAAUUAUACAAUCACAAAAGAGUUUUAAGCACCUUUUAAAAAAUGGUUUUCAGAUUCAGAUUUUUUCAUUUAUGCUGUUAAUCCCACACCAGCUUGUAAUUUUUGUUGGAAUAAAUCACUUCUAUUUGAGUGCAUCGACAUUAAACUACACAUUUAUUAUUAUUUAUUACUAUUAUUUCAGAUUUUUUAUUUGUUUACUCAGUUUUUCCAGUAAGAAAAAAGGGUGUAAACUGUAAUAGAACGUCAGAAAAAUACAAUAUGAAUACACUUUCAUGUAAUAAUAUGAAAAUAUUCAUGUUACUGCAUGUCUUUCAUUUGUUUCACUCAUUCAUUUUCAUUUUUCUGACGUGGAAACAUCAACAUUUUUACGCGAAAUAAAAUAUAAAUGUGAGAAACCGAAGCCAAAACAGUGAUUUUUAGUUCCUUUGACCAAAUAAGGUCCUUUUCCACGAUGUAAUCUGAGGGGGCGGAGCUAAUUAAACCUCUGAUUCUUGGUUCAGAGACAUUUUAUUGUUUUAUAGAGCAAGAAGCAAAAUAUAUGCUUUUUCCUUUUCGUUUAUUUCCCUUUUUUUAAUGUAAAACCUUUUUUGUUAUGACUGUUUUUUAUAAACUGUACAAAUGUUUUUUUUACACAAAGUGAAAGAAUGACGACGUAGAAAAGAAUGGUUUGUCAUUUGUUUGUGAAACGUUACCGUCAAAGUUCCCGUCGUAGUUUCUGCAGCUGUUUUUGGUGAAAUAAUAAAAAAAAGUUUGAGAUCUGAA